AUGAAUAUUUACAUGCUAAAUGAUUUUUCAUAUACUUUCUGGAGGCACAGAUCAACAAACAUGGUCCAGCCAAUAGGAUAUCAGGAUUUGACGGAAGAGGAGUGUGACGUCAUCCUUGGCGUCAUCCAGAGAGAUAUGGAGUUGAGGAGGAGGGAUAAGGACAGGAUCGAGCACUUGGAAAAAAACGCGGAGACGCAAACGAAGCGAGCCAAAUUGUUGGCAUCCAAUCCGAACUUCAGUGAGACAUGCUGCCUAAAUUGCUGUUCAAGGUUUUUCAUAUUCUUCAAUCCCAAAAUGCACUGCUCGAGGUGCAAGUAUUAUUACUGCAAGAAGUGCGUGUUGCUGGACUCUGCUGGCGGAAUGACAUGUCUGAUAUGCGACAACGAAAUCAGUGUGCAGAAACUGACGAAUGAUUGGUUCUACGGGAAGGUAAAGGAGCGCUUCAAAACAUCCGGCAGUGAUAAAGUCGUUAAGAAGAUUGGCGGGAAAAAACCUGAGGAUACAUCGGGAAGAGAUUCUGGCCAUCAAAGAAAAACAUCCCUCGAUUCACAACGUGUUACAUUAGCCAUGAUAGCGAACAUGCUACCAGAAGAAUCAAGGAUUGGCGAUGUCAUUUGUACUGGUGACCAUGGUUAUGGUGAUGAAAAAAAAGGAGGAGGCAACAACAACAACAAAACAAACAUUAACCAUAGUGAUGACGACGACGACGAUGAUGACGUUGAUUUAGACGCGCUAAUGAGAUUUGCACAAACCAAUAAAAAGUACAACAACAACAGAAAAUACAACAACAACAACAACAACAACAACAACUACGUUGAUGAUGACGACGACGACGAUGUAGAUUUAGAAUCACUGAGACGAUUCGCCAAGAACAAAAGCACUCAGCCAUUCCUCCCUCCCCUACCAACCUACAACCCAGACUACAAACCCCAAAACAGCGAUGAUAACGAUCCAAAUAACAGUCUUGAUAAUGAUAACAAUGAUGAUGAUGAUGACGACGGCGGUGCGACUAAUAACCGAUACGGAAUGAUUAUCGAUCCGGAUUUUGACGUCAUCUCUUUCUGCUCGUCAUCGUCUGCAUCCAGUUUGAACAAGGAUAAAAUUGUAUGUCCGUUUGGCGAAGGAAAUUAA